AUGUCUGACAUUUAACAAGGACAAAUAGUGGCCAAUUUAUACAAAGUUCUUAAACUUCUUUCUUAAGGUUCUUUUGGAAAGGUAUACCUGGGAAGAAACUUAUAAACUGGAGGGAAUGUCGCUAUAAAAGUAGAAAAAUAGUAGAUGCAAAGAUUCUUCAGUUUAAACAGAGAGGUGCAUCUUUUAGAAAUAAUUUAGAUAGACAUUUUAACUAAACUGCAAGGAGUCUAAGGCGUGCCUGAAUUAAUUUGGUUUGGGGAACAAAAUGGUUUAUAAAUAAUGAUUACAAACAUGCUGGGAUUUGAUUUGAUGCAUUAUUUGAAAAAACAUAAAAAAUUUUCGAUGGAUUGCGUCUACAAUAUUGCAUAUCAAAUGUUGGAGAUUUUAGAAAAAUCACAUAAGCUGUAAUAAAAUGUUUUAAAUAUUUAUAGAAAUAUCAUUCAUAGAGAUUUGAAACCAGAGAAUAUUUUGGGAAGAGCUAAUAGUAAUCAAAUACAUUUGAUUGAUUUUGGAAUAGCCAAAGAUUUAACAAAAUAGUCAAGAUAUACUUAUUAAAAAAUUCCAUUUAUUGGAACGAGUAGAUAUGCAAGUAUAGCAGCUCAUUUUGGAGAAGAAUAAAGCAGAAAAGAUGAUUUGGAGGCUUUGGGAUAUGUCCUUAUAUACUUGAUUAAGUAAGAGUUACCAUGGAUGAAAUGUGAAAAAAUAAAAGAAAAUCGCUUAAUGAAAAUUGGCUAAAUGAAGAAGAGCAUUCCUUUGGAAAAACUUUGUGAAGGAUGUCCCUCUUAAAUUCUGAAGUAAUAAUCGAUUUAAAUGGAAGUUAUAUGAAAUAAAUCCAGAAUUUGGCAUCAUCUUAAAUUCCAAAUUAUCGAAAGCUAAAAGGACUUUUUGAAAAUUCUCCUCUACAUAUAUAAUGGGUGAUUUUUGAUUGGUACUAAGGUCAUUAUAGAAAUUAUCAAACCAAAUAAGAAUGGAAAGUAAAUCAGUAAAAAACCAAGAAAUAUGAUAGUGCUUAAUAAAUCUAAAUCUAAUUGUAUUUAUAAAUUACAUUAUUUUAGGUCAAUCGAAAAAACUCCAUCUAAAGCAUCUCGAAUAAAUAGAUCAACUACAAUGAAUGGCAACUCUAAUCCCUCUUCUUAACUCAAUAGUAUGGAAUCUGAUAAUAAAAAACGAUCAAUCAAGAGUACAGAAAGCAUUUAUGUUGAUUUUGUGAAUUCUGAUUCUUACUUUCUUUCUAAGAAAACUUAUAGCAAAGCUAAAACUGUUAAUCAUUUUUCUGAGAUUGAAGAAUUCAUGCCACUCAGGGAUCAACUCUAACUUAUGCAAUUAGAAAAUUAAGAUCUUGAGGUGAAGCACCAUUUACUGCAUUAUCGUUCUGUAAACUUCAAUUUCAAGAAUCCUAUAUAAAAAUAUCUUUAGUUCUAAAUCAAUUGA